AUGACUACAAAAGAAAAUAGUUUUAACGCACUGCACAAUCAAAGUUUCUGUGCAUUAAUUUUAGCUUUCACUCAACAUCAAUCAUUUGAUGAUUGGAAAAUCCUCAUACGAGUGGAGUGGAAUGAGUUUGGCAAAAUCAAAAAGUUUACCAAUCAAUAUUUCUGUUCCCAACUUGCAUGCAUGUUCGUAAUGCGAGUGGAUAAAGUUUGUCUUUUAGAAUUACAAACUUUUCCCAUCUAUUCACUUCGUAACUGUUUAGAACGAAGCAAGAAUGGGACAAACAGUUGCUCGACAUCUUCGGAAGGGCAAAUUGUGAAAAGAUCGAAGCGUCAUCAUAAAACUUCAGCAAUAAUAGUUGAGAAAACAAUAUUGAAUCCACUGGAUCGGAAGCAAAGUCGUUUUGUUGAUGAGAUCAAAUUUAAAAACGCUGUGGAAUUAGCACUUUGA